UGUAGGAUGGCAUUAUGGUUGAGUUUACAAUGCCUUUAAAGCACAAUGUCAGAUAGAAACCCCAGAGCCAAGUGUCAGUUUCCCUUUAAUUCAAGUUCCCAGUACUGUGCAAUAACAUCUAAAGUAUUUUAUGGCUCCUCAUACAGCAAUUAAAAUAUUUUUCCAUUUUACAGGUUUGCACUGAAAAUGGAGUACGUUCAGCCUCGUAACUUCAACACUUCGUCUCCUGCCAGUUACCCGGACAAGGAAUAUUACGAUAACAUUUUCCACUUCAGGAAAAUAUUAACUAUAAUGUGUUACAGCAUAACAUUUGUGUUGGGAACAGUGGGCAAUGGACUGGUCAUAUGGAUCGCUGGAUUCCGAAUGAAAAAGACAGUUAAUACCAUUUGGUUUCUUAACCUCGGCAUUGCCGACUUUUCUUUCUGUCUUUUUCUUCCUCUCUACAUAUUAAAUUGGGCACUGGAUCGCCAUUGGUCCCUAGGACAGAUAAUGUGCAAAGUCACUGGUUCUAACCUUUACCUAAACAUGCACGUCAGUAUCUUUUUCUUAAUGGCCAUCAGUGUGGAUCGUUGCACCUCUGUUCUGUGCCCUGUAUGGUCAAAAAAUCAUAGAUCUGUAAAGUUAGCUAAGAACAUCUCUGUGAUAAUCUGGCUCUUGUGCUUGACUCUCAGCUCUCCUUAUUUUGUUUUUCAUGAUAUAAAGCAUGUCCCAGCCAGUAAUAUUACGUUUUGUUUAGUCACAUAUGGACUCGGUAAAAACACAACCUUCUUUUAUUACCAGCCAUGGCAUCCAAGGCGCACAGUUAUGUUAUUCACCAGAUUUAUAUCAAUGUUCCUGAUCCCAUUUUCCAUCAUCCUUGUUUGCUAUGGGCUCAUUGCAUUCUGGAUUAGAAAGAGCAGCAAACGACUCGGAUCCAGUCGAACUUUUAAGAUCAUAGUUACAGUUGUCCUUUGUUUUUUUUGUUGCUGGUUUCUUUAUCAUUUGUGGCCUCUGCUCAAAUUUAUGGGGAUUGACAUGAACUUGGUCAUUGCUGUUAUAAUGGAUGAUGUUGCCCGCUGCUUGGCUUUCUUUAACAGUUGUCUCAAUCCAAUGAUUUAUGUUUUUGUUGGCCGGGACUUUAAAAGAUCCCUAAGGAAGUCAAUCCCUUUUCUUCUAGAAAGCGCAUUCAGAGAAGAGAAAGAAGACCCUCUUGAAGCACAUGACAACGCUGCUGUAGGAAUUGAACUGGUGCCAUGCCAUGCAUGAUGUGAUACAAUGUCAGUUAUACAGAAGUGCUUCUGCUGCAUUUGAUUCCUGAUACAUACACAUGUAGCUUGUCUAUCCCGGAUUAUUAUAUCUUCAUUCUUAAAUGUUAUUAUAGUGACAAUGCUCAUCUCAGCGUCACUUCAUUUAUAGUCUACAUUAAAGUGAACCUGUCACCCAGACAUAAAAAUCUGU